AUGGCCACUCUAAGAUCAAACCGCAUAAAGAAGCAACUUUUCGAGGAUGACAUGGGAGAUGUGAUGAAAACUGAUGUGGUUGCUCUCCAAGUUGGUCCUUUCAACUUUAGACCAUUUCCUUUUCUAGUUAUUCAACAAUCUAAUGUUGACGAGGAAGCUGAGGUGAACAAUUAUUUCGUUGGCAGUUUGCUUCACCCUGAUGUUUAUGACCUUCCACCUAUAGGUCCUAACAUACUGUCCUCGUCAUCAAAUAACCAUGGGAUUGUUGACGGAAACUAUGAAGGCUAUAAAACUCCAAUUUGUAGCCCCGAGUCCUUGAAAAUCAUCUCUAAUUACAAUCCCGGUUAUUCAUAUCAAUAUGGUUCUAUUGAGAUGUGCAAUGACAUGGCUUAG